AUGUCGUCACCUCCGAGGAGAAGGCGGCGGCUCAACGCUGGAAACGACUCGCCCUCUUCCGACGGGAGCGGGCCGGCGCUUGACGGAGCGGAUGCCCUCCUCGACGAACAAGAAGAACAAGAAGAGGGAGCAGCAGGUCGCCAGCAGUCUGCCGGGACCGGUCCUGGGAACGACGAGGAAGAGGAGGGGGAGGAGGAUGACGGCAACCUUUCAGACCCCCCUCCGAUGGAGUAUGACGCGAACCGGGAUCGGGAGAUUAACGAGGACCCCGACCAAAGCGAUGGUGGGGGGGAUGGCGGGGGUCGCGAGGAGGAAGAGGAAGAGGGCGAAGACAUCAUGGACAUGGACCGCAUCGAUGCCGAUUACGUAGCCAUACCCGAGCUGGACACGUACGACGAAGCCGACCUGGACAGGAGAGAAUACGGCAACAUGGAAUUCUCGGACCGGAGGGCGGCGGAGAGAGAGCUCUCGGAGAGGGACCGUGCCCGUGGGGGUCGACUGGCUGGCAUCCUGGACGAGUUCGGGAGCGAGGAUGAGCAGGACAGGGGUAGGCGGCGCGCUCAGCUGGGGUUGAGGGAGGCGGCGGGUGGAGGCGGGGACGGCGGGGACGGGGGCGACGGUGGCGACGACGAUGACGACGAUGACGAUCAGGGCGAGAUGAACCUGGAAGACUUCCAAGGGGUGCCGCUUCGGGAGUGGAUCGCCCAAGACGCCACGAGGCGGGAAAUCAAGCGACGGUUUCAGAGCUUCUUGCUCACCUUUCAGGAGAAGGGGGCGAGAGCACCCGUGCACGAGUCGAAGGUCAAGACAAUGUGUGCCGCUAACCGCGCCUCCCUGGAGGUGAGCUACAUCGACCUGUCCAAGGCCGUGCCAAUCCUGGCUAUCUGGCUGGCGGACGUGCCCAAGGACAUGCUUGAGAUCAUGGAUGAGGUGACGAACGCGGUGGUUCUGAGGGCGUUUCCCGAGUACCACCGUAUCCACGAUGAGGUUCAUGUGCACAUCACGCACGUGCCCAUCGUCGACAAGCUCAGGGACCUGCGAGAGGUGCACUUGCAUGCUCUGAUUAAGGUGCACGGUGUGGUGACGCGAAGGUCGGGAGUGUUCCCGCAGCUCAAGCUCGUCAAGUACCGCUGCCACCGGUGCCAGACCGUGCUUGGACCUUUCCGCGUGAGCGGGAGCGGAGCGGAGGCGAAGCCGGGGUCGUGUCCCGGCUGUCAGGCGGAGGACAGCUUCAAGAUCGACCAGGAGCAGACCAUGUACCGCAACUACCAGAAGAUCACACUGCAGGAGUCCCCGGGCAGCGUGCCCCCCGGUCGUGUGCCAAGGUAUAAGGACGUCAUCCUACUCGCGGAUCUGAUCGACCGCGCCAGGCCAGGGGAAGAGAUCGAAGUGACAGGUAUCUACACCCACUCGUACGACCUGAACCUGUCCAAGAAAUCCGGUUUCCCGGUGUUUGGAACCUUGAUCGAGGCGAACUACAUCCAGAAGCGGCAGGACCAGUUCUCUGUGCACCGGCUCACGGACGACGACCGGAGGGAGAUUCUGGCGCUGGCACGCGACCCUCAGAUCGGACGGCGAAUCAUCAGCUCGAUCGCGCCGUCGAUCUACGGUUGCCAGCACGUCAAGACGGCCAUCGCGCUGAGCCUGUUCGGCGGGUGUGCCAAGGACGUUAACGCCAAGCACCGCAUCAGGGGGGACAUCAACGUGCUGCUGCUGGGGGACCCGGGAACGGCCAAGUCUCAGGUACUCAAGUACUGCGAGAAGACGGCCCCUCGGUCUGUCUACACCACCGGCAAGGGUGCCUCUGCCGUGGGGCUGACGGCGGGGGUGCACAAGGAUCCCCUGACGAAGGAGUGGACGCUGGAGGGAGGGGCGCUGGUGCUGGCGGACAAGGGCAUGUGUCUCAUCGACGAGUUUGACAAGAUGAACGAGCAGGACCGGACGUCCAUCCACGAGGCAAUGGAGCAGCAGAGCAUAUCCGUCAGCAAGGCAGGCAUCGUUACGUCCUUGCAAGCCAGGUGUGCGGUGGUGGCGGCAGCCAACCCCAUCGGCGGUCGAUACGAUGCCUCCCUGACCCUUGCGGAGAAUGUGGAGCUCACCGACCCCAUCCUGCAGCGGUUCGAUUGCCUGUGUGUCCUUCAAGAUACGGUCGACCCGGUGAUGGACGAGCAGCUCGCCAUGUUCGUCGUAGAGAGUCACCGCCGCAGCCACCCCUCCGCUGCCCAGGCGUCUUCUGCUACUGGUGGCGGUACCCAGGGGACAGGGGAUGAGGACGACGAGGAGGACAACACGGCCAUCAUCAAUGACAAGGGAGAGGGAACCAUCCCUCAACACCUGCUGCGCAAGUACAUCAUGUACGCCAGGAACAGCAUCAGGCCGCAGCUGCACAACAUCGACCAGGAUAAGGUCGCCCGCCUGUACUCAGACUUGCGCCGCGAGAGCUCAGCCUCGGGGGGCGUGCCUAUCGCCGUGCGGCACAUCGAAUCGGUGAUGAGGAUGGCGGAAGCCAGGGCUCGAAUGCACCUGAGGGAGAGCGUAAGGGAGGACGAUGUGGACGUGGCCAUUGCGACGAUUCUGGAGAGCUUCAUCCAGGCCCAGAAGAUAUCGGUACGGCGUGCCCUCAGGAGAGGUUUCCGCAAGUAUCUCGCCGACCCGUCCGACUUCUUCGCCCUGCUUCUCGUCGAGCUCCAGAAGAUGUUCCGGGAUGAGCAGACCUACUACCGCCUUCGUCACAGCAACCCUCCCGAGUCCCUGGAGGUGGAAAUGGACGACCUGGAGUCCAAGGCCGGAGAGUUCGGCAUCUACGAUCUCUCGGGUUUCUACCAAAGCAAACUCUUCAAGGACAAGAGGUUAUCGACUGAUAAGCAACGGCGCAAGAUCAUCAAGACCUUCUGAGGAAGGCCGAGCGGAGGCAUACGCUCGCACGAGGGGACCGGGGACAAGUGUUGAGAAGGAAGACGGAUUGAGGGAGUUUUGGCAGAAAGAGUCUUUGAGUGAUCCGGAAUGAUCACCGCAGGGGGGUAAUCCAGACCUGGGGGUUGUAUGUACUGGCGGGAGGAUUGUCUUUGUUACGCAGGUAGUACCCGCACUAUAUUGAGAAGCUCUAGUUUUGGUCGAGGCUGGGCCCUUACAGUACAGUAGUUCCUCUUGUAGGCUACAAAUGUCCGCUAUAUAGGUUUUAGUGUAAGGAGUCCUGACCCAGCUCACGAAAGGUGCUCUUCAAGUAAAUAGUUCUUAUUUUUGUUUUGAUUUUUUUUUAGCAUAAACUUAACACUGACGAAACAGCGCCGGGGCUAUGUGUAGGACAAAAAUUGUGAACGGUACUG